GAGUGACAUCCGUGACGCACUGACGUUAGAGUGGGUGGAGGCUAUAUAAGAGACGGUUUCAGGCUUACAAGCCGACUUCUCACAGGAGCAACAGAGCUGCACAGCCCUGCAAAGUACCAAGCGAAUAUCAGUGAGAAUGGCAGCGGUUUUCUGGUUGACGUGCUGGGCCCUGAUCUUCUCGGUGUUCUACGGGGCUGCUGAUGGUCAUGACGGCAUCCCGAUGGAGCUAGAACCGUCUGAUGAUGAGGGUGUGAUGCCUAACAGAGACGUGGUGGCGCUGCUCGUGAGUCGCCAGGUAGACCCGUGCCUUCUGCCGUCCAGGCUUCGCCCGCCUAGCUGCAUGCGGCAGUACGGCAGGUACUACAAGAGGAUGCCUCAGGCCACCACCCUAGCCAACAAACUCAGGGAAGCAGCAGCAGGCAAGCAGGUUCGCAUGCGAACGCAGCAGCCUAUGUGGUGAGAAAAUGAAGCCGAGAUCAGCACUACUUGGAAGCUUCAUCUGGAACAAGUGUUGAUGCUUUGAAUAAUAACAUUGUUGAAAGAUGAAACGAAACGCGGAUUUGAAAAAAAAACUGCAGAACAACAGAUUUUAAGUGUUUCUUCACGUCGUAUUGUGUUCGUGCACCUGAUUAUUUGAUGUUAGUAACGUUGGAAAUGCACUGAUUAUAAAGAAUUUGAUUCUUGAAUAAUUAGCUAACGUCGUUUUGGACCUCGUAACCCUAUAGUUAUCUUGAUACCGCAUUAACGAUAGCCGUAUACAUGCACAAUUUGGCUGAUAAUGCAUAUAAUGUAUGGCUCAUAAAUUAUCAUAUCACUAGUCGUUUGCCAUUAUAUAACAUUAGGACGGUAAAAUGUAUUUUUUUUUCAGAUUUCUUUACAAAGUUGACUUAACCCUUCUCCAUUUCGAAUAAGUGACAUUCAGGGAGUGGAGGUGCCAAAAUAUUUCACCAAAGCUAGAAACACAGCUGUCAGCCAUGUUUGUUUACAUUCUAGUAGUUUGUGGUGGCACCACAAACUCCGUGCGCCUCGUGUGGCCUGUUCUAGCGCCAAACAUUAAUGUAAGAAAUGUGAGAUAAUUGCACACAUAUGUCACACGAAGGUUUUGUUCAGUUAAAAUAUUUCAAUUUUAAUGCAAAAAUGUUAUAUAAUGCCCCUUUUAAGAAUCGCAUUCAGAACGUCCUAUACAUCCCGUACCACAGUUAACUUCUACUCUAUCGUCUGUAGGUGUUUGCACCAGAAGAAAAAUCAGUUCUCUUGUUUUUUAGUCUUUCAGUCGUUGUUGUUGUAUGGUGCGUGAGCUGUUGUAAUGCUACUACUGG